UCAACUUUCAUAACGAUAAUUGAUAAACAUCAAAUUCCUCGCCACCUCCAACAAAACUUGCUUUUUUGGCUGCGGUGAUGACUAAGCAAUCUCAAUCCUCUUUCCCUUUUCAAUCCCACCAAAUUUCUCGGCAUCACACUCGUCACUCUUUAAGUCUUAUCCCUCACUCAAUCUCAGGUUGAUUUAUACUAGUUUUCAGCAAUGGGGAGUGCGCUAUCGGUGUUCACUCAGUAUGAUAUUGAAGAAGUUCAAGAACACUGUAAUCAUCUAUUUACUCAACAAGAGAUAGUGUCUCUUUACAAGAGAUUUUACCAACUAGAUAGGAAUUCCAAAGGCUUCAUAUCAAGUGAUGAGUUCUUGUCAGUACCUGAGUUUGCUAUGAAUCCACUUUCUCAGGAGGUUCUUAGUCAGCUGUUGCAAGAAGCAGGUUACACAAAGAGUCGUCUCUUAUGUUGGACGACUCCAUCAAGAUACUGGAUCAUCAAGGUUUGAAGAUGGAGGUAGAAAUCCCAGUGGACUAGCCUAGUCAAAGCUACUCAUCUUCAUCGUCCAUUGAAAAUGCAGCAACUUGUAUAUGUGCACAAAUGCAAUACUGCAGUUUUAUUAAACCUUUGAAGAAAAAUCUUCAAUAAACAGAGCAAAUAGGAGACAUGUAUAUCUAAAUAAAUCUUUAUCUUUGCCGA